CUUCAAUGACGGACUGAACGUUUGCAAGCUAGCUGGGGCUAAGUGAAUGGAGGACGUCUUAUUUUGAGGGAAGCCAAGGACAUUAACUUACGAACAGGUCACAAUGGCAACGAGUGCGGAUGCCAGAGACAUCCUGGAAUUGGGCGGAGGGGGCAGUGAUGCCGGCCCCAUCAGUAAGAAGGACAUCAUUAAUGCAGAUAAGAAGAAGCCCAAGAAAACAACAGGCGUGCCGACACACAAGAGGCCGGAGGGGAUGCACAGAGAGGUCUACGCCCUGCUGUAUGCGGAUAAAAAAGACGCCCCUCCCCUGCAGCCUAGCGACCUGACCCAGGGCUACCACACAGCCAAGGCCAAACUGGGCUGCAAGAAGGUGCGGCCCUGGAAGUGGAUGCCCUUCACCAACCCCGCCCGCCGGGACGGGACCGUCUUCUACCACUGGAGGCGCGUCGGGGAGGAGGGCAAGGACUACCCCUUCUCCAAAUUCAACAAGGAGGUGCAGGUGCCGGUGUACUCUGAGCAGGAGUAUCAGAUGUACCUGCACGAUGACGGAUGGACCAAAUCGGAGACGGACCACCUGUUUGACCUGGUCAAGCGCUUCGACCUGCGCUUCAUUGUGGUGCAGGACCGCUACGACCACCAGCAGUUCCGGAAACGCUCAGUGGAGGAUCUGAAGGAGCGGUACUACAGCGUCUGCGCCAGGCUGACCAAGGCGCACGCCGGCCCCGGGGGCGAGCCCAAGGUCUACGUGUUCGAUGCCAACCACGAACGGCGCAGAAAGGAGCAGCUGGAGAGGCUGUUUAACCGCACACCUGAGCAGGUGGCGGAGGAGGAGUACCUGAUCCAGGAGCUGCGCAAGAUGGAGGCCCAGAAGAAGGAGCGCGAGAAGAAGGCCCAGGACCUGCAGAAGCUGAUCACGGCGGCCGACACCAGCACGGAGCCGCAGCGGGUCGAGCGCAAGGCCACCAAGAAGAAGUUCCCGCAGAAGCGAGGGCCGGAGACGCAGCAGGCUGUUCCCGAGACUACAGGCAUCAAGUUCCCCGACUUCAAAUCAGCCGGCGUCACGCUACGCAGCCAGAGGAUGAAGCUCCCCAGUUCGGUUGGACAGAAGAAGGUGAAAGCCAUGGAGCAGAUUCUGACAGAGCAGGGAGUGGAUCUGAACCCGAUUCCCACCGAGGAGAUCGCGCAGAUGUUCAACGAGCUGCGCAGCGACCUGGUGCUGCUGUACCAGCUGAAGCAGGCACACGAGAGCUGCGCGUACGAGCAGCAGAUGCUGCAGCACCGCUACGAGGCGCUGCUCAAGCUGGGCGGGGCGCAGGGCCCGGCGGCCAACGGGCAGGCCGAAAACGCCGAGGCCGAGCCCAAAGAGGAGGCCCUGGACGUGACGGGGGCGCCGCUCACCCCCAGCCCGCGGAAGAAGAGAGAGGGGGCCCCCUGCUCCUCACCCAUCAAGAAAGCCAAGAGACUCUGAUGCGGAUUUUGCGUGUUUGAAGCUGUUGGGACUGGAAACGGUCUGGGCCGGGCACUGUAAACCCGGCGCCAGUCACCCUGCUGAGAGAAGCUUGUUUAUCUUCCCGUAAAUCCGCCCUCGGCCGGCCCAGUCCCCCGAACAUGGGGUCUACACACCUCUCUCUCGCUCUCUCUCUCCCUCUCCCUCCCUCUCCAGCCGCUGGACAGCACCGCCACCCACAGAGUGGACUUUGACUGACAUUCCAUUCCAAUCCAUUCCACUCUAUUCCAUUAUUCCCUUUCGGUGCACCCUUUUUACCGAAAUGAAGUCAUAUGAACUGAAAAUUGCCACAGAGAAGUAAUCAGAGCGGCCAGGGAGUGAGACUGUCUGUUUAAUUGAAAUGUUGACAAGCCGCUAGUUAAAUGUGUACCUUUCUCUCCACCGGCAUUGUAUAGUUUUUUUUUUUGUCCUGUUUAUUGUAGCUGUUCACAUUGUGUUUCUGCCGUGUUUGUUGGUAGAAGAUUGCGGGUGAAUGUCUCAGCGCACACAGAGGCAAAGAUGUUCCACUCCUCUGUUAGCUCGGUGUGUCUCUCCUAUGAAA